AUGGAGCGAAGGAUACGCUGCAACCCUCGCAGGGAGGGUGGCGUCCCUUGCGUUGACCUAACGAAUGUGGUUGGAAAAUGGGUGAUAUUUCCCUGGGAUGUUUAUGAAAGUAGGAAUAUACAGGGCAUGAAGCCGUUUUCUGGUCCUGAGGUUGACUGGUUUGGUUGCAUUGAAAUUAAAGUUGGAAUUAAUGAUGUUUUCCCUGACUUUUUGACCAACGAUGUAUUACCAAUGCCAAAUCUUCUACUCAGUGGUUGCAGUGUAAAUCAGUGA